AAAAUGUCGAGAAUGUGGAAGUAUCGUACUUAACAAACUUACAAAAUGUCAGGCCAUGGGCGAUUUAAAUCAUACUUGAAUCAGUAUGAAGUGGAGAUGAAAGAAAAGGGAAAAGCGACCUUUAAGUCAUAUAUUGAUGAUGACUCUAAAUCAGAAGAGGGAGUUGAGGAAGACGAAUUUGAAGAAGUAGAAAGGUCUGCCAAUGAUUUCUUUGAUGGCUUCCCAGACCCGGGCAACUUGUUUAAAGGAGAACGGGUGAUCGCCCACGCCGACAGAGUUCUCAAGUUCGCCCCGUACUCUGACCGGAAACAGGGUCUGUCUGGGCAUCUGUUUGUAACAAACUUCAAGAUCGCCUUUCUCACAGCCGACAGAUCGUCCUACGAGGUGCCGAAGAAUAAACGAGACAGGUGUCAGCUGAUAGGUGAACAUGACAUUCCACUUACAAAAGUUGACUGUAUAUAUCAAGUGGUGUCUGGUGGUAAGAAAAAGAAGCUGCUGCCUGGAAACUCUGUCUCUAACCUCACCAAGUAUCUAGAAAUCCACUGUAAGGAUCUUCAAAUCCACACGUUUGGUUUCAAGUUUUGCCCCAAGGAACAGAAGAAGACUGUGACGAACGCGAUAGUUCACCACGCGUACCCCACACGAGCUGAUCUCCUGUUCGCUUACGACUACGGACAUCACAGCAAGUUUCCAGAAAACAGACUAAAGAUUCCCCUGUUUUUUGAGAAGCGAGACUGGGAACAGGAACUGAAGCGAUUGAACUGUUCUAAAGACUGGAGAGUGGCAGAUGUCAACCAUGAAUUUAGCAUCAGCAUGAGCUUGCCAGAGUAUUUUGUUGUGCCUACCUGUCUACUUAAUGCAGAUUUGAUCCGUGCAGCUUCACAGUUUCACAAUAACCGUUUCCCAACAUGGUCUUUCACAUAUACUAAUGGUGCUAAUCUUGUGAGGAUGUCUCAGAUUUGUCCAGAGUCAGAAUUCAAGGAUUUUGAAAACAAAAUGCUGUCUGCCGUCAGGUCGGCGUCUGCUGGGUGUAAAGACCUGGUGAUCGUUGAUCUCUCCAAACAGUGUCCGUCUGUCCGCGAUCUGCAGUCCUCAUUCGACAAGCUCAAAGAUAUCUGCAUGUCAGACUGUUUGAAAGACUUUAUUAGCCAGGAGAUGGCAUGGUACUCCUCGCUGGAGAAUUCUCAAUGGUUGUUGAACAUUUCACGGUGCUUUCAGUGUGUUGCUAAUGCUGUGAACAAGAUCUCCAUAAGAUGUCAGUCUGUUGUCUUGAAAGAAGAAUCAGGUUGUGAUAUGUGCUGUGUUGUGUCCAGUCUAGUCCAGCUGUGUCUUGACCCUCACUGUCGGACGCAGGCAGGGUUUGAAAGUCUCGUUCAGCGAGAGUGGGUUGUGAUGGGUCAUCCGUUCCACACCAGACUUGGUCUUAGCCAGGAUUGUGAGGGGGAACAGGCUCCUGUGUUCUUGUUUUUCUUGGACUGCAUCUGGCAGCUUCUGCAGCAGUUCCCAUCAUCCUUUGCGUUCACCGAGACGUACCUGACCACUCUGUGGGACAGCGUGCACCUGGGCCUGUUUGAAACAUUCCUCUUCAACAACUGCCACCAGAGAUGCAAGUUCAUGAUGGAGGGCCGGCGCAUGAUCCGCAUCACUCUGCCCAGCGUCUGGGACUGGAAGAUCCAGUUCAACGACGUCGACCUGACCCUGUUCAACAACCCGCUGUAUGUCAUGAAAGGCCAGUACGACAUCGCAAACAUCGUGAGAAUGGCCAGAAACUUCCUGCGAAAGUCCGGGGAGAUUCUUCGCAACGACCUCUACAAGAUGAAGCUGUCAGAGAUGUAUAACGACGAAGACGACCAGCUCUUCCCGGAAACGGACACGGUUCUUGUGCCGCAGGACUCCAUUCUAAUAAUCAAGUUGUGGACGCAGUGUUACCUCCGCUGGAACGUGCCCGCGCAGAUCGUUGGAGGCGGGAACCCGUCCCAGUACCUCCAGCAGUGUCUCCUGGCCGAGGAGGUCAUUCACCUGCAGCACAGACUCAAGGUUUUGCAGAUGGACACAGUGCGCAGGAGGAUGGAGCGGCCCAAGAGCGAUCUGAUCUUCAGCUUCGGCGAGCAGCAAAACAUGUCAGUGUAUGAAAACCGAUUUCUGACCUCGUCGUUUCCAUUCUCCUCCGGCGCUACGACGAAGAAUCACCAAGCGAUCUUGGUGACGCCUUUGACUUGUUAUCUAGAAAACAGUACAAUCACGAAUGAGUACAGUUACGACGAUGACUAAUUUGGUGCAUUUUAAUUAUUUAGUAUUUUUUAUGUGAUGUUUUAAACUUUUUUUCUUUUUUUAAAAUUUGAAGUUCAGCCAGAUCCGGAUUUGUGACCCAAAUAGCAAGUUUUAAAAUAUUUAUUCAUCAUCUUAUCAUGGAUAUAUUCAGAAAUUAAUUUUGUUGUGUUGUUGUUAUUGAAUUUCUACUCCAUUGUUGAUACCUCCACCUGCCAUAUUAACCAUUUUAAGAUACUAAUAAUAUACCAGUAUGUGAAUUAACUAUCAAACAUACAUACUGUGUAGGAAAUUGUGAAGAUGUUGACCAGUAGUGUCAUUAUGGUAUACUAAUGCAUUUGUACUAAUGCCAUUUCUGUCCGUCGUCUCCGAAUUGCUAACUAAUAAGGUUGUUAGUCCAGGCCUUUGCUUAUAGAACUUCAAAGUGUGGACUACAGUCUGUAAUAGUCUAGCCCAUACAAAUAACAUGUACGGUAGUUAAAGUCUUGACACUGCGGAAGUCUUGAGUCUCGAAGUUUUCUAAGGGCUGUUUUAAAUUUAUUCAAUGGGAGGCUUUUUUGGGGGGUAUACCGGGUACUCGCCACCAAAAAACCCCAACUUUAUUUAAACCAAGUAUGCAUAGAGAAAAUAUUACAAAAAGACCCACCAGGCAUACAAUUAUGGUGCCUCCUCUCUUCCUCCCCCUCCCCCCUCCCAGCCACCGCCACCCAAAUGUGUCCAAUUCUGCAACACCCCUUAAGAACAACCCAUGGUGUGUUGUUAAACAUUUGUUAACAUUUCAAGAAGAAGCUAUGGAGGGUUUUUACUAUGCAUAUCAGAGCAAUACUCGUCUCAUCUACAGAAAUAAUAUUUUAUCCUAAAACCAGACUUUGUUUAGACAAAACAGCAUCUUGAAAGUAAGACAAGAUUGAGUCCAAAGGAUGUUAUACGAGUGUUUUUAAUAUGAAAAAAUAUCAAAAGAUAUGUUAAUUGGUAUUUUUGUCCGAGGCUCUGCCGAGACAAAUACUGAUUAACUAGAUAAGUCUAAUAUUUCACAUAUUAAAAAACACCAGUAGCGAAAUCUAUUUAUCCUUUUACACUUCUAUAAUAAUAUUUUAAUUUAAUAUUUUGUAAAUAUUUUGUAAAUCACAGUUUUAAAGUCUCCUCCAUCAGUAAUAUCGCAGUUAGAACAUAAUGUAGUUUGAUGUCAGUCACGUUAACUAAAUCUUAUUAAAAUGUUAUACUCAGGUAUACAGGUCUUGUUGGCUUGUAAAAACAUUACUCAUUGACAACAAAAAAUAAAAUAUUAACUAGGAUAAUAAUGGUAAAUAUCAAAUGGGUUUAUGACAUGGAUGUUAUGUGUAAGUUCUAGGAUAAAUGAAAAACUUUACAUACGUCAUUUCUUACAGUGCAACAGAAAUUAUAACCACAGUCACUGUUUACUCAAUGUAGAACACAAUGACAUUUAUUAAAAUCUAAAUUUUAAAAGGACAAUUUUCUGGGCUCAUCCUCUUCAUUGCCAAAUUGGCCAGUAUCUAAAAAUUGUCUAAAACAAAAUUCGUUUUAGUGUGUGCCCUGAUUUUUGAAAUAUUACAGUGAUGUUGAGUAUUUAGUAUUGGCAAAACAGCUGUUUCUUUCUACUUAACACCUCCUCACUUAAGCUUGAACAUUAUAUUAUACUACAGUUGUAUUACAGUUCUUCUCUUAAGUUGUAUAAUUACCUUAAUUUACAGUUAUAGUACCUCUCUAAGCUAUAACAUUACAUUAAAGUUAUAUUACACUUCCUCUUAAACUGUAACAUUUUACAGUUAUAUUACAUUUCGUCUCAUUAAUCUGUAACAUGACAUUCCAGGUUUACUGUUAGUUGUAAUACCUGGUUCAAAGUAAACAGUGUUGUAAAUAUUACAGUUUAAAAUAUAUAGAAAUGUAAUUAAAUAAAUUCCCUUAGAUAAAUAUUAAUGUAGAAUAAAUAGUUUUGGAACAAAAAUUGUGGUAGAUAUUUAUUAUAGUUUAGAAUAAAUAGUCUUGUAAUUAAAUAAACUGCCUUAGAUAAUAUUAGUUUAGAAUAAAUAGUCUUGGAACAAAAAUUGUGGUAGAUAUUUAUUACAGUUUAGAAUAAUUAGUCUUGUAACUAAAUAAACUGCAAUAGAUAGGUAUUACUGUAGAAUAAUAGUCUUGGAACUAAAUAAACCGUCGUGUAAUUAAAUAAACUGCCGUAUAUGUUUAUUACAGAGCUGCUGGUAUUGGCAACACUUUACCCAGCCACCCCAACUCCCCUCUGCCCAUCACAGAAAAGCAAAAUUGUGCUGAAAAUAUGUCCAUUGGUAUGCAGUGCAAAAUAAAUGGUGCUGAAAAUAUCAUUUAUUAUCUAUGGACUUCAAAAUGAAUAUUGAUGUAAAUAUCAUUUAUUACUAGUAUUUAUUAAAGUUGCUGGCAUCUUUUGAUACUCUUACUUUAUUGCAUUGCAGCAAUUUAUUGUAAACAUCCACGGUAAAUUAAUGUUAAUUGAUAAUUAUAACCAAUUAAUGGGUUUCCAUACUUAUCAGGAUUUGUUUCAAAGAGACACUUAAGAUGAAUAGUUACAUAUUCUAGAUAUUUGCCUGCAAAUUAAUUUGCAUUUCUUAUGUAUGUCAGUGUAUGAGUUACUUUGUUCCAUUACUGAACUGUAUUUUUAUUGGCAUAAUUGGUGAUAUUUAUAGACUAUAUGGUUAUGCAUAAUGUUUAUAAUAGUCUUGUACAUAAACACUAUUAUUGUGAAGCCAUAGAUAUAUUUCAAAAUAUAUUUUUUGUUAUGCGCUGUAAAUUUUUAUAUAGAAUCUGAACACUUUUGUGAUAAUUUAGAAAUUAUAUAUUUUAAAAUAAAUUUACAGAGUAUUUGAAUUAUGAAAUCAAAAUUAACAUUAAGGUGUUUCGUAACUAAACAUGCAUAAAUUUAUGAACAUUUAUUUAUGUAGAUUUAUAUAAAUAGAGACAUAUAUGUUGUACACAUGUAUCUAUAGUUUGGGUGACAGAUACUAAACGUCCCAUGUUUUGAAGUUGAAUAGUGGAAACUGUAUGCUACACAAAACAGAUACAUUAUGUUUUCUAUUGAUGGUAGAAUUUUCACUUUGAUAUAUCAUUUACUUUUCAAAUGGUGUAUGAUACAAAACGUAAUAUAAGAAAAUUAUAAUGCUAACAUUAAAAAGUUGAAAUAUUUUGUUAUAAAUCACCUAACAUAAGAUACAUUCAUGACUAACCAUUCAGUUUAAGUGAUGAUAAUAUUGCCACCUAUGAAAGUAUAGUUGUGGAAUUUUUUUUUACCUAAAAGUAUUUGUAAAGCUGAAAUCCAUUUUAGCUAAGCUGACUUACAGGUAAGUUGGCAGAUUUAAUAUGAACAGGGAUUGGACAAAAUCCAGUAAGACAAUUUCAUUAAAUAAGGCCUGGGCUGUAGCUAGAGAGAGCAAGGUAGCUAGGGCCUGACAAAAACUUUAUAUUUUAUUUUUGACCCAAUUUCAGAAGCAAUUAUAGGGGUUGGUUUUUUUUUUUUUACACUUUCAUAAAUAUUUUUCAUAAUUUAUAUUUUUAAUUUUCAAAACACCAUACUUUUGAAAAGGAUAUAUGGUUUUCACCACAAAUCAAUAUAUAUAUUUUUUUUUUCUUAAAUGGUUACUAAGUCAUUUUUUUCUAAAUUUUAAUUAAGACCGAUGGGUGCUUCAUAUUGGUGGAAAUUCCUAAGACAUAUGCACAGUCUACUAACAAUUUCAAGAGUAUAUUGUAGGUGCAGAUCUAGGGCGGGGAUGCACACCCUUUCCCUGAACUUUGUAGUACCCCACAAGUGCAGCGUUUAACUGAUGAAUACAAUGAAUUUGUUAUAGUGGCAAGGAUGUAACAUCUUGGUCAGCUGGGGGUUUCUUGGGAACAUGGUUUUUAUUAAUCCCCUACCCAACCCCUGCAAUUAAGAAAAUGUCCUCGGCAAAAAACAUGCCAUUGAAAAAAAAAGUCCUGUAUAGUCUAAGGCAAAAAAGUGCUGUGGAGAACUAAAACCCCCACAUCAUUCGCCACGGCAUUGCCGAUUGUCGUGGGCAGUUAAUUGCAGGGGUUGCCUACUGUUCUAAUAGGAAGGGACUCGAGAUUUUAUCUCCAUCGGUCUGUCUGUCCAUCCAUGUGUCUGUCUGUCCUACAUAUAAUUUUCAGGACUUCUUUUUUUUAUCUCCAUAGUGCUUCAGGAUAUUGAGCGGAACAUUUUAUGUAGAUCUUUAUCAUGUACAGAUCAAGUUUGACUUUCGUGGGGAUUUGCCCAUUUUUCACAGAGUUAUGGCCCUAACUUAGGAGAUAUGAAAAUGUGUUUGGUAGGGGACAUAAUUAUAUAUUGCUUUAGCGGUACUCUUACAAUGCUUGUUUAAUACAUUUUAGUGCCUUCUUCGAGGUUUACUUCUAUUUUACACAACACAAAUAUGUUAUACUUCAUUUCGGAUUAAAAAUGACUGUAAUUUGACCAUUAGAUGACAAUUACUUUUUAACAAGUCAGCAGAGUUUACUGAUAAUUUGUUUUACUGUGAUGCAGCUUUUGUUUAUAGAGAUGACAAUUUUAUAAAUAAUGACGACUUUUUGAGUGACAAUUUUAUAAAUAAUUUUAAUUGAAAAUAGGUCACAAGUUAUUUCCCCUUGUUGACAGUGAUGCUUACUUUUAAACAGAUUCUCCAGAAGAUAAAUAAUUUUUGUGAAAAUUAUUCUUCUGUAUGGGUUUUUUCUGUUAGUAAUUAUAUAUAAACAUUUUUGAAUUCAGACAAGUUUGUGUAAUAUCAUUUUUAAUGUACAAGUUUAUAAACAUCGUAUUAAACUGGAUAUUGUGUAAUAUUUUAUUUAUUCUGGAAUGUCAUUUUACAUGUAUUUUAUUUAUUACUAAUCUGUAAUCAUGGUACUUUUUGCAAAUCCUAGAAAAAUUGAAUAAAUUGUAGUGUGAAGUGAUUGUACUAUCACUAUGGUGAAUUAACAAUGACCCAGUUUGAUCCCAAUCUUUUGACCAAUUACAUGAGCCGUUAUAUGAAACCUUUGUCUCUGAGAAAAGAAUGUAUGCAAUUUGUUUUGAUUACAAAAAAACAUUACCCUGUAAUAUUUCUUGGUUGGUAAUAAAAAGUUAUUUGUAUGUGAUAAAUGAAUAGAUUAGAAGUGAAUUGCUGUCGAGUUCAGCUGUAGAAUACCAAAAAUAUUACCCUAUAAUACAUGUAUUUCUCCUGGGAUGGUAAUAAAAACAGCUAUUUGUAUGUGCUAAAUGUAUAUUUUAUUUGGCAAAUCUGUCUUAACUUCUGUUAUGUGUCUCCUUGAUUUCUUUUGUUUUCAACACUUGUUAGUUCAAGUGUUUUUUUAUUAAAUGCAAAGAACAUUAUUUUAUUUGGAUAGUUUCCCAACCCUUUGAAGUAAUGUCCUGGACAAUCCUUAGCGUCAUCUACUUACCAACAUUUUUACAAGUAUACAUUGAGAUUAUUAAAGGAGCUUGUGUGUCAUACUGAUUUUACAAAAUGAGUGUUACAUUCUCGCUCAGGCAAUAUAUUAAUCCUGACAUGAGUUUCGUAAAAUCGGUGCAAUACACACACAAAUUUAAUAAUUUCUUUACUAUCCGUAAUAUUAUUUUUUAUGAAUAACAAGAACCGUGUCAAAAUGUAACUUGAAGGAGAUGAUGAAAUGAUGUAAUUUUGGUAAGCAAUUACACAGUGCUAAGAUUGGGGAAGCUUCCCAGAAUUACGUCAUUUGUUGGUCUGAUACAUGUAUGUCGUAUUUGUUAUAUUUCCCUGUAUAUUUUGAACUAUGUGGAUAAUAAAAAAAUAACUCUAUGUUAGAGAGGAGUGGGGAAUAUUUCCAGCAUAGUUUAAAAUGAAACAAAUAUUGAUAAAAGUAACGCAUACAAAAUCAACUUUUUUGUGUACACCUUUUUAAUUUAGGAGGGAAGGAGUGGAGAAAAGUAUUCUUUGUACAGUUCUGAGAAUUUUGAUAAUUGUGGAUGACCUUUGACCACAAUAGAGGCCUACAUACCUGUAGGUUCUAAAUGAGAUCCACUUUCACAAGUCAAGGUACCAUUCCGUAUAGCAUACUGAAUUUCGUACGUACAAAAUGCAGCAUACUAUAAAAUGGUACCUUGCGAAGAUGAAUGAACCCUAUGCUCUGAUCAUGGUUUGUAUGAACAGUUGUGUCCUAUGUUUUUAUUUAUGGAUGGUGUACAAGUCCAGAUAAAUCCAUGUUUUAGUUCUUUGAGAUUUGUAGUCAAACCUGUUGAAAUAACCCACCUCAAUUAAGCAGCUACCUUUCUUAAGAGGCUACUUUGUUAUUCUUCUCAUGAACUAUUAAAAUUUACCUUUAUUGAGCUUCCUCUUUCUUGUUUUUUUCUCUUUCAUUUUAAAUUCACAGGUGAAACAGAAGCAAUUGGUUAUUUUUUACGUAUUUUGCUAUUUUUUAAAAGGAUUUUUGCAAUAUAUGUUGAGCUGUCAUUUAAUUGUCUUGACUUGACAAAAGUUCAGAUAUGGAGGGCAGGGCAGCAUUUUUUGCUUUUUGAGUCCAAUAUAAAGUGUUUGCGUUUAGCUCCAUUUCUCACAAACUGUAAGUCCUAGACCAAUAAAACUUGGUUUAUAGCCACACCUAUAUAAUAUUCCUCUCGAUGCAUAUUUACAAAAAAAAAUUAAUUUUUUAAUUUAAAAACAUUUUGUUUAGGUUAGUGUUAACUUUUCACUUUUAGGCCCAAUUCUCACAAACUACAAGUAUAGUUGUACUUAUGAAUGUUAUCUCCAUGCACAUAAAAAGAAAUAUAUAAAAUUAAAAAUAAAUAAAUUAAGAAUUAAAUAAUGAAUUUACAUUUAAAAAUGUUGUCUUUUAUAAAAUUAAUUAAAUCCAGUAAAACAAAAUGUGUUGACAUGAACCAAGAGCAACUACAAGUGAUAUCGAAUAAGUUUAUGGUAGGCAAGACGAUAAUUUUGCAGUAUUCAUUUGUUUUUCAACUAACGCCCUGUCCUGGACAGACAGCCCAGAUAGCUGAGGUGUGUGCUCAGGACAGUGUGCUUGAACAUUAAUGGGAUAUAAAAUAAGUUGAAAUGAAAUAUUGGCGUUAGGGGAGCUAAAGGUUACUGUCCUUGAACUAGUCUCGGUGUGUGCAUGUUAUGGUUUGCACGUGUGUGUGUGUGUGUGUGUGUGAUGGUGAGCCAGCGUAAUAGCUUAGUGAGGUCUGUUAAGAGGCAACAGGUUAGACUGUAUAUACAUACCUAUGACCUUGUGAAUAUUUUAUGUAUGUGUACAUUUAUAUUAACAAAGAAGAAAGCUUGUCAAUUUGAUCAAAAAGACUUAUAUAAAAUGUUAAUCCAU